AUGGUUGGGCCAUCUGUUGCCCCACCUGCGGAGACCACCAUGAUCAACAUUACCGUCAACGGCCAGGCGCACGAGGUCGAUGUCGAUCCUGCUACGCCAAUUUUGUGGGUGCUGCGUGAGCAGCUGGGCCUUGUCGGCACCAAGUUUGGAUGCGGUGUUGCUCAGUGCGGUGCCUGCACGGUGCAUCUUGGCGGCACGCCUAUUCGUUCCUGCAGCGUGCCGGUCAGUGUGGCGGUCGGUCAGUCGAUAGAGACGAUUGAGUCGGUUACCGGCGACGACGGUAGACGCCAUCAGCUUCAGCAGGCCUGGAUCGAUGAGCAGGUGCCUCAAUGCGGGUACUGCCAAUCUGGCCAGAUCAUGUCGGCGUUGGCGCUCCUCAAAACCAACCCGCAGCCCGACGACGCGGCCAUUGAUUCGGCGAUGGGCGGCAAUAUUUGUCGCUGUGGUACUUAUCCGAGAAUUCGGCGAGCCAUUCACCGGGCCGCGCUGGCCAUCGCGCAAACCUCCCCUGCCACCCAAGACCUGGAAGAUUCCACGGCGGAGGAAAACGUAUGA